UGUGGAUUGGAGAAUGCGUUACCUCAUAGUAAAAAUAAUUAAAUACUAAUUUCUAUGGUAUCUCCAAUUGUUUAAUGUCGAAGCUUUUGAUCACAUUCAAUGAUCCUAAUCCUAUCUAAAAAUAAGACACCCUUUUCAAAGAUUUCCUUUUUUUUCUCAAUAAAAUAGUUAUUGCACAUGAGGAUUUAUUAUUAAUUAAUUUAAUAUAUUAAGAUUAAUAAUAUAUUUAUCUUUUCUCUUUACUUUAUGUACUAGUUAGAACUUAGAAGUGAACCAAAUAAUAGAGAAGGAAAAAAAAAAUAGUAAAAGAAAUAAGAGAGAAUGUUCUCUAUAUAUAAACACAGUCCCUUAGAGCUUCUUUCCUGAAACAACCCUUUCGUGUUUAACCAUGGGUGGCAAUGCAAUUCAUCUGCAAAGGCAGUUGGCCGAAUACUCAAAAUCCCUUUACGUUGAGGGAUUUCUGGAUGAUCAGUUCAAACAACUCCAGCAAUUGCAAGACGAGAGCAGCCCUGAUUUUGUAUUUGAAGUUGUCAAUCUGUUCUUCGAGGAUUCUGAGAGGCUUCUUAAUGAACUCACAAAAACCCUGAGUCAACCCAUUGUGGAUUUCAGAAAAAUUGAUGCCCAUGUUCAUCAGUUGAAGGGUAGCAGUUCAAGCAUUGGUGCCCAAAGAGUUCAGAGAGUAUGCAUUGCAUUCCGCAACUAUUGUGAGGAGCAGAACAAUGACGCAUGCUUAAGGUGUCUUCAACUCAUAAGGCAUGAAUACUCACUGGUGAAGAGAAAGCUUGAGACAAUGUUCCAGAUGGAGAAGCAAGUUUUGGCCGCUGGUGGAUCAAUUCCAAUGCAUUGAGAUGUUAAAUUCAGUCAGCAUCAAAGGAAAGUAAGAAGAAGGAGAAGAACAACAGAGACCUUAAAGAAAAUGUUGGUAGAUUGGAGUUUGGUUUUGUUUUCAUGUGAUUGUGUUCUCACUUCCUACUAGGGUCUAUCAGUUUUAGGCUUGAGGGCAAGUUGCAGUGUAAUGUACCAAACUCUAGAAAGCAAUGAGCAAAUGUGAAUAUGUCCUCAGAAACUCUCAUCUUCCUUUUUUUUUUUUUUUUAAAUAGUUUUUUGAACUCUCCGAAUAACAGAGGUGACUAUUAAUAUAAUAUGUGAGGGAAGGAGUAUGUAAGCUAUUUCACGCAGUUUAUCUAGUGAAAUACACUUAAAAAGGAUCAAUCUAGUGUUGAAAAGAAAGGCGAAAAGAGAGUUGACUGUUAGACAGUUUAGACUGGAUCAAAGGAGGAUAAAACUUAAGAAAUUUGGAUGUAGUUUAUUAGUUUAAUUCACUCUAAAAGAUCAAUAAAGAGUAGAA